AUGUUACAACUCACCCCCACUAACUGCGCGCAACGUCCUCGUUGCGCACCUGGAUCGUCACCCCCUGACGGUGUGAGUCAAGGCCACUUCAACUUGACUCCACACUCUCGUCUGGGUUUGGCUCUGAUACCAAAUUAUAACGCCCCGACCGCCCCUUCCGCCUCUCCUCAUUUAUCACAAACCGGGAUGUUAUACCCGCCGCCCCUCCCGGUGAGUCACCUACGCCCUCUCUCGGCCCGUGGGCUCCACCCCUGUCCGACGGUCGGUGCGUUAUUUUUGGGAGGCUCCGAGAAUGUAUUUACUAUCCCUGCAAUCAUCACCCGACCUUCUCCCGUGUUUUCUCCUAACUCACACAGUUUCCGAAACCACUUCCCGGAAGGUCACCAAUCCUUCAACUACUCCAGCCCAAGCACGCUUAACUCUGGAGUUACUUAUAGACCUUUGACCGAAAAGGUAAGUGCACUUUGUUGA